AUGGAGAGAGCUGUGUCGGACGUAGAAGAGAACAACGCCCCCGAGGUGCAGGAGGAGGUUGAGGUGUCGGCCGAUGCCGGCAAGGGUCAGAUGUCGGUUCUGGAUGCGCUCAAGGGCGUCCUGAAGCUGUCUCUGAUGCACGACGGUCUGGCUCGCGGUCUCCGCGAGGCGUCCAAGGCUCUCGACCGGAGGCAGGCGCACAUGUGCGUGCUCAACGAGUCGUGCGAGGAGGAGGCCUACAAGAAGCUCGUCAUCGCCCUCUGCUCGGAGCACAAGAUCCCGCUCAUCAAGGUGCCCGACGGCAAGCAGCUCGGCGAGUGGGCUGGUCUCUGCGUUCUCGACCGCGAGGGCAACGCCCGCAAGGUUGUCAACUGCUCUUGCGUCGUCGUCAAGGACUGGGGUGAGGAGUCGCAGGAGCGCUCCAUCCUCCUCAACUACUUCUCGUCUGAGGCCUAA